AUGGGGAAAGGGAAGGAGUAUGCAUCUUCUACUACACCUCCUACCGAAGAACAUGCAACAAAUCCAUCAACGCAGGCGAUACCAAUACAAUUUUAUCCGGAUUUGUCAAAUUAUAUGCAUACAAGCAAUCCACCAAUUCCACAUCCAUGGUUACCGCCAUCUGUGGCGUGUCCUAAUGCCAACCCAAUGACAUGGACAAGUCAGGCAAGUCCGAUAUUCCCAUUUCACUCAAGGACUAAUCCUCCGAUUGGGGAACACUCUGCAAGUUCAAGCCAUGCCGUUGAGCCUGAAAGUAUAUCACCUGAGUCUACGGAAAAAAGUAUGUCUAUGCCUUCGUAUCAUGAUACUGUUGAAUCAAAUCAAAAGGACCAAUCUGGGCCAGAUCCGGCAAAUGUAUUGCAUACUGAAGGGGCCGAAAUCGUAGAGGAGCCGAAGUUGGGUAUGGUGUUUCAAUCUGAAGAGGAGUUACUUUCUUACUACAAAAAGUAUGGGAAACAAUGUGGUUUUGGGAUAAUGACACAAAGGAGUCAUAGGUUUGAGGAUGUGAGUGUUAGAUAUGUGACAGUGGGUUGUGCUUGUGGUGGGAAGGCACGGAACCGUACGUCUAAUGUCGCAAGACCACGUCCGACAUCAAAGACAGAUUGUAAGGCAAGGAUAAAUGCCUUAUUUGGAAAAGGGGUGUUGAUGUUGUCGAGUGUUAACAAUACCCAUAAUCACGGCCUAAGUCCACAGAAGUCGAGGUUCUUUCGCUGUAAUAGAGAAGUCAGCGAGUCUGAUAAGAGGGUGUUAGAUAUAAAUGAUCAAGCUGGGAUCAGAAUGAACAAGAGUUUUGCCUCUCUUGUGCAAGAAGCGAGUGGGUUUGAAAACCUCCCUUUCAAUGAAAAAGACUGUUGUAACUAUAUUGACAAGGCACGGCACCUUCGACUUGGGAAAGGUGGCGCUGGAGCCCUCCGUGAGUAUUUUGCUCGGAUGCAAUAUAAGAAUGACGGGUUCUUUUCACUCAUGGAUAUGGAUGAUGACAGGCGGUUGAGGAAUGUAUUCUGGGCAGAUGCCCGAAGUAGGGCAGCCUACAAAUAUUUCGGAGAUGUCGUGACAUUCGACACGACGUAUUUGACAAACAAAUAUGGGAUGCCGUUUGCACCAUUUGUUGGUGUAAACCACCAUGGCCAGUCAAUUUUGCUGGGGGCAUGA